AUGUCGAUCCAGCAAGCUCUCAUCUCUCCCCCGCUGUCCGGCAGGACAGACAAGGCAGAUCAUCCUCACAAGGUCACCGACGCAGUGGAUGUUUUCGGCUCAACAGGCCAACAACGUGAGCCCUCGCACUUUGAUCGCAGUCAUCACCCCUCCAUCGCAAGCCCCGUCAAGAAGCAUCAUGACUCUCUCUCAGAGGCAGAACACGCCGCGCCUCCUCUCACUCCACCCAUGAGCAAGGAUGUCCGUCACGAUGCUCAGACUCGUCAACGGGAAGAACUCGCCAACCGUCAUCGCACCAGCUCAGAAGCUGACCUAUUCGAUCUGGACGCACCAUCCGCAUCAGCUUGCGCAGCGCACCUAGCCGCACCGGUCCAAGUGCGCACCGCAUCAUCUGCAUCCACUUCCAGACCGGGCCUGCUCGAAGCUGCCCACCUCGACAACCCUUUCGACACCCUUAACGACGGAGUUGACUUUGCAUGCGAUGGCGACCACAACCCGUUUCUCAAUCGCAAACGACCCACUUCCUCUUCCUCCUACUCUGAAGCAUUCAAAUUUGCCUGUCCGGCUUCCGCUACCUCUCAACCCCCGUAUCCUCAGUACGACGCUUUCGACAGCGACCAAGACGCUGAUGGAUCUGUCCACGAAGAUGACUUUGCCUCCGACUUGCACGGUAAUGCUACACGAAGAGCAUCCUCAUCAUCCAACGCUACCACCACUCCGGCACGCAUCGGCAACGCGCCCGUCUACCGCCCAGCGCGAUCAUUCUCAACGCACGUCAGAGUGAGCAAUGAGCCGGUUACAUCCACCAUCCCUAUCCGCGAUACACCCAAGAACCCAUUCCUCGCAGGCGGACCGGCAGACAUCGGUUUCGAAGGACCCAACCGACACUUGGCCUACCGACGUGCUAGACAGAUCCCAGGCAAAGAGCGAGGCAAGAUCACCUAUGUUUUCCGUGGUCAAAGGGUCACGUAUGCUGAUCCAGAGUACGAUUCCGAAGAUGACCAUUCCGAGCUCGAAGAUGAGCGGGCGAGAGUGAAUGCGUUCAACCCGCAUCACAAGCAGGAUCACCCACCGAGAUUGCAGCCCAAGCUGUUGUUCCCGCCUUCAAUCCCAAGCUCGGCUUAUGCGACUGCAGGUAGCAGCUCGAGUAUGAAGAGUGGGCAUUUGCAUGCGCCUGCCUCGGUUGCUAGUCGACGCAGCUACACGAGCCAGGCGUACCUGCCGCGUGCGGAACUGGCUGAUGACGAGUUCGGCGGUGCGGGGAGCAGAAGUGGGUCUGAGGAGAGAGGUCGUGUUUCAAGCAAUGGAGCUGGUUUGUUUGCGGCUCAGAUUGCGGCAGAGCAGCAGCAGGAAAGGCAAGCAACUGCAGCGCCUAAGAUCGCACCUUGGUACGCUUCGAGGUCGACUUUUCACGACGGCACUCGUAGCCAAGAAGAGCAGGAGUACUCAGGAGAUCCGCUACCAUCCAAGCAGCACCACUACACUGCACCUUCCAGCUCAGCAAGGCUGCAGAACAUUGUGCACGACAGCUAUUCUGCCAGCGAAGAGACUGCAGCUAUCGAGCCAAGAAGGUGCGCAGGUGACGAAGAGAGACGGACAGCAAGGGCAGCACUCUUGGCUCGUCUAGAUCAGACCAACUGGAGCGAUGACGAGGGAGAUGAUGAUGAGGGCGGAGACAACAGAUUCGGCCGUCGUCGUGCACGCGCAGGCAGCGAAGGAACCCUGGAUGAAGACGAGGAACAGUACCCAGUGCAAAGCUACGCGUUGCCAUGUUCGCAGAGCCAGAGGAAGCGUUUAUCGGACGAGUUGCAACUGCAACCAGGACAUGCUGAAGAGAUGGAUGUGGUGGGGAGGCCUAUGAAGCGGUCUCGUGCUUCAUACGCUUACUGA